GCAUCGCUGAGUGCCUUCUUUUUCUCAGUUUGUCUGCUCGUUCGCCUAUUCCCACCAUCAAAUAUAUUCUACCAUCUCUUCCUCCUUGUCCUCGUCGGCCUCCUUCGUCUCCCGCCUCUCCUGCUUGUCCCCUCUGGUGGUACGGGCAUCAGACCUGGCCGAUCAGAGAGUGACUCCGUGAAGAAGUCUAAAGAUCUGGGUUUGCGCUCGGCACAGACUGCGGACCACCUACUGACUGCUAGAUAGAGCCUUUGAAAUCCUUGAAUAUCAAGGUCAUCCGUGCUAAGUGCCCUCGUUCAUCGUGUCUCGGGCCAACUCCCAUUCCAACCGGAUUCAUCAUGGCGGGUUUGAUGUCCAAUGCCAAUUCGAGUGAGGUCCAGUGGUGCUUUUCCCAAGUUAAGGGUACCUUGGAUGACGAUGUGACAGAAGCGGAUAUCAUCUCGUGCGUGGAGUUCAACCAAGACGGCGAUUUGUUGGCCACGGGCGACAAAGGUGGCCGAGUGGUGAUCUUUCAACGGGAUCCGGGGUCCAAAGUGUCCACGCCCAAACGCGGGGAGUACAACGUCUACAGCACCUUUCAAAGUCACGAGCCUGAAUUUGAUUACCUGAAGAGUUUGGAAAUUGAGGAGAAAAUCAACAAAAUCCGAUGGCUCAAGCGCAAGAACCCCGCCCAUUUUCUGCUCUCCACCAAUGAUAAAACCAUCAAGUUGUGGAAGGUAUCCGAGCGUGACAAACGGGCUGAAGGUUAUAAUCUCAAGGAGGAUAAUGGACUUCUGCGCGAUCCUAGCUCCAUUAAUUCAUUAAGGGUCCCCGUGUUAAAGCCUAUGGAACUUAUGGUUGAAGCUUCACCCAGGCGAAUUUUUGCCAAUGCCCACACUUACCACAUCAAUUCCAUUUCGGUCAAUUCGGAUGGAGAAACAUACUUGUCUGCCGACGAUCUGCGCAUAAAUCUUUGGCACAUGGAAAUCACUGAUCAAUCCUUCAAUAUUGUCGAUAUCAAGCCAGCAAAUAUGGAAGAGUUGACCGAGGUCAUCACCGCUAGUGAAUUCCAUCCUCGAGAAUGUAAUCUCUUCGUCUAUUCGUCAAGUAAAGGCACUAUUCGACUCUGUGACAUGCGAGAAGCCGCUCUUUGCGAUUCUCAUGCCAAAAUGUUCGAAGAGCCAGAGGAUCCAACCAAUCGCAGUUUUUUCUCCGAGAUCAUCUCCUCCAUAUCGGAUGUGAAGUUCUCCAACUCAGGUCGCUACAUGAUCUCGCGUGAUUAUCUGUCGGUCAAAGUCUGGGAUUUGCACAUGGAAACGAAACCCAUCGAAACCUAUACGGUCCACGAAUACUUACGUUCGAAGUUGUGCUCAUUGUACGAAAAUGAUUGCAUAUUUGACAAAUUCGAGUGCUGUUGGAACGGAAACGACACCGCCAUCAUGACUGGCUCGUACAACAACUUCUUCCGCAUGUUUGAUCGCAAUUCAAGGAAGGAGGUGACUUACGAAGCCUCGAGAGACAUUGCCAAGCCCAAAACCUUACUCAAACCAAGAAAAGUCAGUACCGGUGCGAAGAGGAAGAAAGACGAGAUCCACGUGGACUGCCUUGACUUCCAUAAAAAGAUCCUACACACUGCGUGGCAUCCGGACGAAAAUAUUAUCGCAGUGGCAGCUACCAAUAACCUAUUUCUUCUUCAGGAUAAGUUUUAGCUUUGUCGGUUCGAACCUACAGAUUCAUUCAGCACGGAACCUCCAAGUCGGAAGAAAGGCCAACGUCGUCGUCGUGGCUGCCUCCUUUUUCCUCCCUCCCGCCCCCCUCAAACAAACGAGAGAAAUUUAUAGGCUUGAGCAUCGCGGCGGCUAAAACAACAGCCAACUUAACCCUACUUCCGGAGAAUCUUGAUUGGUGAUCGCCUUUGACUUUGUAGUAGUUUGCCUCUUAUCCAAUAGGCUUGGCCACUGCCCAAUCAUCGCGAAGCUAGCCUUCUAAGGAAAAUAUAUAUCUUUCUGUGGAUCUUAAGUGUGAUAUCUCGGACAUUCUAUGGUAAUAAGAUCCAAGUAAUGGAUUCACUACAAACGCCUCGAUGUUUUGUGUCACCCACCUCGAAAAGAAUAAUGAACCAAGGAAAUAUGGCUUCAUUAUCACCUUCCACCCAUCGUCCUAUUGAUGUCAUCAGUUUCAUCGUCGUCCAGAUCCAACAUCUCUUUACUCUCACUGAGAGAGUUAAGAAGAAAAUCCGAUGAGGAAAUAGUCGCAGUGCUGUUUUGGUCUUCCAUCCAAAUUAUCAAAUUAUGUACCCAUCCUUUUGGACCAACCCUCCCCAAACGCAUCCCCUCGCCCCUUGAUCACGGCUAAGGCUCACAGUAAAGUCGGUAACCAACAUUAUUUAUCAGCCUCUUUAUUAUGUUAUUAUUAUCACUGGCGCACCAACUCAAAAGUAUCUCCCGUUCAUAUUUGAAUUUUAUGCUGUAUCGCGGUAACCGAAAAGAAACUCUUCCCGUCCACUUGUCGUGUGACUUGUGGUCGCCGAUCGCCAAUACCAGUGAGGCGACACUAGUUCAUCACUCGGUUUGGUAUUCGCUUCCUUCCGGGUCCUUCAUUCGCCACAUCUAAAAACACCGUGUAAAUUGUCAAAGGCUCUUUACUCUCUCCCUCCCGUUUGCCCGGCCGCCCGCCCUCGAUCCCUGGUUCUUUAUUCUUGCUACUAUUAUUUUUCUCGCAAGAGGUAAUUCCUCCAACGUCAACACCAGCUUUGUCUUGGUACUACCCGAACAUUGCCUCCCAUCUACCAACCCGAAAAAAUAUUUCAGAAAUAUAUACAUGAAUGAAAUAAACACCACAAAAAAUGUGGAACUGGUCUUGCAAA